CAGGAAAGAACAGGAAUUAAAUCGUUUUCUGAACGUGUUGUGUUUAGACACUUUGUUAAAACAUUCCUGAUCUGAAGGAUUAAAAACACACAGAGUUCAUCAUGGAUGUCGUUGAGCUGUUGAAUUAUCAGCCUGAUCGAGGUGCCAAGAGACUCCGAAAGGAAGACAGCCAUGAAGAGUCCAGAACUAAACACAGGAUGACUGGCAGAGACUCUGGACCGGCUCCUCUGAAGGGAGAACCAAACAUUGAGGAACAGAGAGGGGGAGAAGCGGGCGAGAAGAUUCUCGAGAGACUGAUGGACAAAGAUGGAGAAGAACCAGAGGGGGAGAUUGUGGAUGAGGGCACAGUGAAGAAAAUGAUCCUGACCUUUGAGAAGAGGUCCUACAAAAACCAGGAACUGAGAAUCAAGUUCCCGGACAACGCCGAGAAAUUCAUGGAGUCCGAGCUUGAUCUGAAUGACAUCAUACAGGAGAUGCAUGUCAUCGCUACUGUUCCAGAGCUGUAUCAUCUGCUGGUGGAGCUUAACUCGGUUCAUUCACUUCUGGGUCUCCUGAGUCACGACAACACUGAUAUCAGCAUCGCUGUGGUGGAUCUACUGCAGGAACUGACCGACAUCGACACCCUUCAUGAGAGCGAGGAGGGAGCGGAGGUGCUCAUCGAUGCGCUGUUGGAGGGUCAGGUCGUCGCUCUCAUGGUGCAGAACAUUGAACGUUUAGAUGAAACGGUGAAGGAGGAGGCAGAUGGAGUUUACAACACUUUAGCGGUGAUUGAGAACAUGGCAGAGUUUCGGCCUGGUCUGUGUACAGAAGCUGCUCAGCAGGGUUUGAUGCAGUGGCUACUGAAGAGAAUCAAGUCCAAGAUGCCUUUCGAUGCCAAUAAGCUGUACUGCAGUGAAAUCCUCGCCAUUCUUCUGCAAAACAACGACAAAACAAGGGAGCUGUUGGGAGAAAUGGACGGUAUUGACGUUCUGCUGCAGCAGCUUUCAGUGUUUAAACGCCACAACCCGUCCACGGCAGAGGAACAGGAAAUGAUGGAAAACCUGUUUGACGCUCUCUGUUCCUGCCUCAUGCUGCCGGCCAAUCGCGAUCGAUUCCUCAGGGGGGAGGGGCUUCAGCUCAUGAACCUCAUGCUCAGGGAGAAGAAGAUGUCUCGGGUCAGUGCUUUGAAGGUUCUGGACUAUGGAAUGAUCGGUCCAGAAGGUUCUGAUAACUGUCACAAGUUUGUGGACAUCCUGGGCCUCCGAACGAUAUUUCCUCUCUUCAUGAAGACGCCCAAGAAGAUGAGGAAAGUCAAAAUCUCAGACAAGGCACAUGAAGGUUUGUAA